AGAGAGACCUAUAAGAUUCCAAUUUUUGUUCACCAAUUUCACCAAUGAACGGCCUUGGCUUUUCCUUUAUCUCAGUCUCUCUCUUUUGCUUUUUUAAGUUCCUCACUUUGGCUCCUCACAAUUAACUACUCCUAGUUAACGCACUGCACAAGAAAAAAACAACAAAUCCCUGCAUGCAAUGGCCAUUGAUUGUAUGAUCACAAAUGGAAAAUCACCCAUGCUAGAUGACAAAAAGCCACUGGUUUUUGAUGCAUCAAAGCUGAAACGUGAGUCCAAUAUUCCCACACAAUUCAUAUGGCCGGAUGACGAGAAGCCUUGUGCCGUAGCACAAGAACUUCCCGUUUCCCUUAUUGACUUACGGGGUUUCCUUUCGGGUGACCCCGUAGCAGCGCAACAAGCAUCUCAGCUUGUUGGUGACGCUUGUCGGAGUCACGGUUUCUUUCUAGUAGUGAACCAUGGAGUUGACGCUAAUCUCAUCUCCAACGCCCAUCGUUACAUGGACACUUUCUUUGACAUGCCACUUUCUGAAAAGCAAAAAGCUCAGAGGAAAAUUGGUGAGCAUUGUGGUUAUGCCAGUAGCUUUACUGGAAGGUUUUCUUCAAAGUUGCCUUGGAAAGAGACACUCUCUUUUCGAUACUCUGCCGAGGAAGACUCAUCUCACAUAGUUGAAGAGUAUUUCCAAACGACUUUGGGUGAAAGUUUUAGCCAUCUUGGGAAUAUUUAUCAAGAAUAUUGCAAUUCUAUGAGCACACUUUCUCUUGGGAUCAUGGAACUCUUAGGGAUGAGCCUAGGCAUAGAGAGGAGCCACUUCAAGGAAUUUUUCGAAGAAAAUGAAUCCAUAAUGAGACUCAACUACUAUCCACCAUGCCAGAAACCAGAGCUCACCUUAGGAACGGGGCCUCAUUGUGAUCCGACAUCAUUAACCAUUCUCCAUCAAGAUUGCGUUGGAGGGCUUCAAGUUUUUGUGGACAACGAAUGGCGUUCCAUUAGUCCAAAUUUCAACGCUUUUGUGGUUAACAUAGGCGAUACAUUUAUGGCGCUUUCAAAUGGAAGAUACAAAAGUUGCCUGCAUAGAGCAGUGGUAAACAACAAGACUCCUAGGAAAUCACUUGCUUUCUUUCUUUGUCCAAACAAAGAUAAGGUGGUGAGCCCACCAAGUAAAUUGGUGGACUCCAACAACCCUCGAAUGUAUCCCGACUUCACAUGGCCUACCCUCCAUGAAUUCACUCAGAAGCAUUAUAGAGCUGAUAUGAAUACUCUUGCGAAUUUCUCAAAUUGGCUUCAACACAGCACUGCACAGGCUUAAGAUCUACAUAUACGAGAUUCAAGAUUAAAUACCUUGGAAUUUUCUUUAAACAUAUGCAUGCGAUCGAAGAAUAUGACAAUGCCCAAAAGUUGAAGGGAAUUAGUGAAAGCUUAGGGGAGGCAUGGUGGAAAUGUCUCUUUCAAUAACUUCACCAGAUCAAAAACGAAAAUUUGGAAGGAAAGAAAAGAGGACACAUGUUCUUUUUUCUCAUGAGAAGUUCAGUUAAAAAGUAAAUAUAGAGGAGAUAGAGAAGAACAAGGAAAGCAAUAAAAGUGUGGUAUAACUUAGAUUUGUUUAUUUAACGUAUUGAAAAAUAUAGAGAAGAUUAUGUAUAACUAGCUUUAAGGGUAUCCAAUGUAAGCAUCCCUCAUUAAGAGAGAACUUUCGACACCUCCUCA